UCAAUCGUAAACACAAUCAGCUGUAGGCAUUGUUGCUAUUAGAAAGUUUUUAUAAACAUUGUGACGCAGAGGGAAUAUCUGAGAAUUCACUCCGCUCUGUUCUGUUUCAGCCAGCGGUGUUCGUUUUAAAAAAUAUACUGCGCGAUUCUGCCGGCACAGCAGCAGUUGAAACUGGAGCUUUAGUAUCUCAUUCCCCUUCGUCACGCUCGGAAGUCGUUUUUCAUAUUAACUGCGUUGCAUUAUUGAAUGAUUUGCUAAAUCCACUAUCAGCAAACCACUGAGACAGUCGAAUCGUUAAUUUCCGCCAGAGAUAUGCAGCGCGAUGAUACUGAGGCGUUGGUGGGCGAGGUAGAGGGCGGCCCGAUGCAGGAGCCACGCAGUCUGAACCCCGCCGAGGUAUCUUCGUCCAGCAAUAAAGAGGCAUCCCCGCCCCCGAGACAUGAUCAUAGAAGCUACCGCUGGUUCAUCCUCGAGCCCGCAGUUUUUCUCAUCUUCUUCGCUAGAUAUCUAAUUGGGGCGGUUUACCAAAAUCAGAUCCUCUACCAGACCUGUGUCACCAUCAUGGAGUUCAAUGCCACGGAAUGCGAGCCGUUGCGGGGCAUUGAUCCUGGAACAGAUGAGGUUAAAAAAAUUGAAGUUGUAGUACAAAAAUAUUCGGCGAAUAUUAUGAUGGCAACCUCCUUGUUGGAGAGCAUAAUCCCGGCAUUUGUGAGCUUGUUCCUGGGUCCCUGGUCGGACAAGUUUGGGAGGCGGCCCGUCCUCCUAACUACCUUUACAGGCUAUCUUACAGGCGCCACCAUACUAAUUGUGAUAACUUGGAUAACGAUGUCUAGAAACAUCAGCCCUUGGUGGUUCCUGUUGUCUUCCGUUCCCUCGGUCUUGAGUGGCGGAACGUGUGCCUUGAUCACAGGAAUCUAUUGCUACAUAUCUGAUGUGACCAAGGAGGAGAAGAGCUUUAGAAUGGUCCUUAACGAGGCUUCUUUGUGCACGGGCAUGAUGGUGGGUAAUGUGGCAAGUGGUUACAUUUAUGCCGCCACGAAUGCCGUCACCUUAUUCGUAAUAGCUGGUUCCCUGAUGGCUCUGGCUUUGGCGUUCGUCUACUUAUUUGUUCCCGAGAGCUUAAAUCCUGCCAAUAUUCACACAGGAUCCCGAAUCCGUGAAUUCUUCCGCUUUGAUUUGGUGAAGGAUCUAGUCAACACUGCCAUUAAAAGACGACCCAACUUCGAUCGUGCCAUUAUCUGGCUGACAAUGAUUGCACUGACAAUAGCUAUAUUCGAUAUGGAGGGCGAGGGAACUGUCAACUACAUGUUUAUGCAGGAGAAGUUCAACUGGACCAUCAAGGACUUCAGCCUUUUCAACGCCUCUCGCAUAAUCAUCCAGAUUGUGGGCAGUAUCGUAGGCAUGAUUGUUCUCCGCCGCAUCCUCAAAGUCUCAAUUGUUAGCAUGGCUAUGCUGUCACUUGCCUGCUGUGUUUUGGAGAGUACAGUACGAGCUACUGCCGUUUAUUGGCAGGAAUUGUACCUGGGAAUGACGUUGGGAAUGAUGCGCGGCGUCAUGGGGCCGAUGUGCCGCGCCAUUCUGUCUCACGUUGCUCCCAGCACGGAAGUGGGAAAAAUAUUCGCACUGACCACGUCUAUGGAAUCCGUGUCACCACUUGGAGCUGCUCCUCUGUACACUAUUGUCUACAGAAAAACAGUGGAAUUUUAUCCCGGAGCUUUUAAUUUUAUCAGCGCAGCACUAUACUUUGUGUGCUACAUUCUCAUUGCUGCGAUUUUCGGCAUCCAGAAAUCUCUGACCAACACCAGCGUUUACCAGGCCAUAGGCAGUUAACCAUAUCCGAUACGAUCGAAUUAGAUAAAUGUAUCUCAUAGUUUGAAUUCCGUCAGACCUCUCUCAACAAAAAGUUUUGUAUACAUCAGAUUUGUGUUUGUAUCCCCUGUAUUUUGUACAAGUAUUAUAUUAAUUUUUAUCUAAAUGUGUGUAUCUGUACCGAUGUUUUGGCUAUCUGACUGUGUUUUGCAGGUGCAGGCAUUGUAAAGUUAGGAGAAUAUAACUAAAAGUAUGCAGUGGGACAAUAAACUGUAAAUAGACAAAUAAAA